AUGGAGGAACACACCCCAUCUUCAGAUGCUUAUGGCUUCUCAGGCGGCUCCUCCGGCGGCUCAUUCCAAGUCGAUGCCACUGACCCUGCCAAUGAGCCCAUCAAUUCCAAUGCUACUGCCGAAACUGGAACCUCGCUUUUGCCCUACCAGGUCCAUGAAAACCCCGAGUCACAUACAGAAAACAACUCUGGAUCUGCUCCUCGCAGCGAUGUUCAACUUGAAUCAGCUACACGAAUGUCCGCCGAGGCCUUCCAUAACCCGAUCCAACCUGAGGGAUCAUCUACUGAGUUGGCUAUGUCCUCCGAAAUCAGCCCGUCACUUCCUGGAACAAGCCGCGCAGAUGACAACGCGUAUGCUAUGGCUUCUCGUGCUCCCUUGCGGUCUAUUAGUUCCAACCCUGGCCCUCCUGAUCAUCUUCUCCCUUUUCGUCCUCCCUUACCCUAUCCACUUCCUCCCCUAGAAGGAGGGUCAUCGAGCGAGGCGAAUCCCUACAUUCCUUCAAGCGCUCCUAGACGGGUUCCAGGAGCACCAGUUCUGUAUUCUCCAGAAAGAAUGAUUCAAGCAUGGAUUGUUCGGCAACAACUCAUAGUCGGGAUUCGUCCGGAAAACCUCCAGCCCGUGGCAACUCCACGCAGUCUUCAGCACCGAACACCUCCAUGGAUCAUGCUAAGUGCCAAUGGUGCUCAGAUUAUGAGACUUGAACCUGCCAGAUUCCGGGGUACAAUGCUUCCUAUGCCCUCUUAUCCUUGGAUACGACGUAGUGUGCCUCCAGAGUCCCAUAUCACGCCUCUUCAGGAUACACCCACGGCGCCUGUUUCGUCAAAUGAACCCGAUACAUCGCAACUGCCGGCUACUCUGAGCUCACCUGUCGCUUCUAACCCGCCGGCUGCGCCACCUUCGGCGGCUACUCCAGACUCGGCGGCUACUCUGAGCCCAGGUGAAGGGGGCCCGCCUUUGGGGGCUAGCUUGGGAAAUCCAGAUGAAAGUGCUGCUCAAGGUACCGUGCAAGAUCAGACCUCGGAUCCGCGUGUGACGGCAUUCUUGCAGCCACUCAGGCUACAUAAUGCUGAUGAUUCGAACGAACCUGGUCCUGUCCCACCUCCUUCCCCAGCUUCCAAUUCGGGAAACCCACUGGACGAUCCUUCCGCAAGUUUGGUGGAAAGUGAGAUCACAGGUCCGCGUAUGAAUGACCUCGUGCAAGCUCUCAGGCUGAUGAACCCUGAUGAUUCGGAUUCGAUGGCUUCGGAAAGGGAGGCGUCCUCAACUUCAUCUUCGGAAUCAGAGGAUGAUGGUGAGAACCCUAAUGUCUCUGCUCCUGGGACUCCCCAUGCCAAUGGGGCUGUGCCUCUUGCGAUCACUUGGCCGGGCGACGAGGACGACGAGGACCCUGAUGAGCAGCCGGCGCCGGGCCGGUUUCCCAUCGAUGGAUGA